UGUGAUCACUGGGAAUGGAAAUGACCUAUUCUAUUCGUUUAGUGCUGAAUAAAAGUGUGCUGCGCUUAGCAAAUAUUGACAUAGUAGUUAUACCAAUAUUGAAGAUGACCAAGCUGCUACUCUUUACCUUUUUUGCGAUUCUUUUGUGCCUACAUUUUUCACUUUGCCUAGGCCAGCGAGAAGUUGAUCUUUUGAGACGAGUUGAAGAACGACAGGGAGAAUCUGAUUAUGGUCCAGGAAAGUUUGAUCCGCCACCGAUAUUUCCAGGUAAAGAUUAUGUGGAAGACAUUUUUAAUGGCUUAUGGGAAAUCCAGUAAAUUCUUGCGGCCAUGACUGAGCGCUUGAUAAUGAAGUUCUGUAUGUAUGACAAAUAUACUUUAUGAAAACUAA